AUGACGUCAUAUCCACUAGAAUUAACGCCUGUACAAAAGGAGUCUCUGGAAGCUGUUUCCAAGGAUAUUCAACAAUUCGAUUGGGAAGUUGGCGAGUAUAUUUUCCAUGAUUUUAUUGAAUACUUUCAACUUCCUCAAAUUAUACGUGUCAGUCAACCAUGGGACACGAAUCUGACAAAAAAUGAUAUCUUUUAUUUGCAAUCCAUGUAUGAUCGUCAUUUAAUUUUAUCGAAAUCUCUGAUAUCUGACGAACGGACAUUUAUACUCCCCGAUUGGUUUCAAGGACAAUGUCGAGUAUUAUCGACUAAUCCAAUAUACAAAUCACGUUGGUGGCAAUUUACGAAUGCCAUGGAAUUAUUACGUUUCGAAAUGCCUCGUGAACAUAUUCGGUUACUUCGUGAUACAGCCGCUUUGUUAUUAUUACCAACAAAUGAAAAGAUUCCUGUUUUGUUAAAAGAAAAUACGGAAGUAACAUUGAAACGAAUUGAAAAAUCAACAACGAUCACAGAUGGGCAAGAGAUGUUUGUCUUAGGUGAUAAAAAUGAUCAAGAAUUUCUUCUCGAUCCAACUGUAACUAAUGAAUCGUUUCAUUUCGCAACAAAAAUUCUUGAUGAUGAAUUUGACAAGUCUUACCACAAGAAUACAUCGGAGAAUUUAUUUACACUACCGGAAAUCAUUAUUCGAUAUGAAUUACCAUUAGACAUUGAAAUUGUCACUUUAGCAGAUACAAUUCCAAUUGAAAAUUUUCCAAAACAAAUACGUUUAGAAAAGUAUUCCAUUGCCAAAUCAAUCAUUGCCGUUUCAAUUGGUGAUGUUGAUCAACCGAGAAUAUUUGAAUUAUCUUCUUUAACACAAUUUUCACUUCAAUGUGUGACAUGUUUAACAACCGGUCUACCGCGUGAUACAAGUAUUGAUGGUGAGGCACGUGCAUUUGAUGAAAAUGCAUAUCGACAUUAUGAAACUGUACGAGAUCGUCUUGUUCAGCUGCUCGAAGACCCCGUAAUACAAUAUAUGCGUAAUCCAUUUGUGGGCACGCAAGAAGAAGUCGAUUGUAUUGCCGAAGUCUAUGACAUUGGAAUACAAUUGAAGAAAGAAGAAAAGAAUCAAACAUAUACUGUCAUCGGUGAUCCUGCUGAAGUGACUAACGACAAUGAGCCAAAUAAUACUGUACCUUCAAUUGACAAACAUCCGACACGAUUUACCGUUCAUUUGCCUGUCGAUUUCAAUAGCCCGUAUAGUAGUAUAAUGGAAGUCAGUGGUGAAGAAGAAGAAGAAAAUCGUGAAGCUAGUGCAACUACUGCAACUACCGCUAGUGAAAAAUGA